AUGUACAAAGCAGCAGUCAUGAAUGGCUGUUUGCCAGCAGUUAAGAGGUUCCUAGGCUCCCAGCAAUUUGAGAAGCAGUUUAUAUAUGAGAUACUAAUCCUGGGGAGACUAACUCAUCCCAACUUGGUACCCUUAUUGGGAUUCUGCAUCGAGAGGAAUGAGAAGCUUUUGGUGUAUGAACAUAUGGCAAAUGGGAACCUUUAUCAAUGGUUACACCCCAACAAAGCCAAGGCCAAGAUCUUGGAAUGGCCUUUGAGGGCUAGAAUUGGAGUUGGGCUAGCUAGAGGUUUGGCAUGGCUGCACCAUAACUAUACUGAGAAUAAGCGUGUGCAAUGCCCUCUAAAGAAAGAUGUCUACAGCUUUGGAAUUGUGCUCCUUGAGAUGGUCACAGGGAAGAAACCUCACAAAAUUUCAGACGCUUCUCGAAGGUUUGAUGGGACUUUAGUUGAUUGGAUCAACCAUCUUUUGAGUACUUCUGGCCUCUAUGAUGCGAUUGAUAAAUCUUUAAUCGGACAAGGAUUUGACGGCGAGAUCGUUGAGUUCCUUAAAGUUGCAUGUAGUUGUGUUAAGGCCUCUCCCCAUCAAAGGCCAACAAUGCUAGAAGUUGAUAAAAUCUUAAGAAAUACAGUAGGAAGACACCAAAUUGAUGAUGAUUCUGAGUCAUGGACACAAUAUGAAUGCGGGACCUCUAACGAUAGAGAUGAGUAUACAGGGGUUGAAAUAAUGGAGGAAUCCAUUGAAAUUGUGCGAGUAGAGAUAGCUUAUUCAUGA